CCAUGAGCGGCCCCUACCCGGAGGAGAGCUGCGCCGAGCGCCCCGAGUGCAAAAGUAAAUCGCCAACUUUGCUGUCCUCCUACUGCAUCGACAGCAUCCUGGGCCGGCGGAGCCCCUGCAAGGUGCGGCUGCUCGGUACCGCGCCCACCCUGCCCGCCAUCGCCGCCCGUCCCGACACCGACAAGGCCGCGCAAGGGUCCCCUAAGGGCAGUCCCCCCUUCGAGCCGGCCGAGCUGCAUCUUCCCCCCAAACUGCGCCGGCUCUACGGGCCUGGAGGGGGCCGGCUGGGGGGGGGGGGGGGGGGGGGGGGGGGGGGGGGGGGGGCGCCGGCCUGCGGGCCUGGAGGGGGCCGGCUGCUGCCGCCGCGGGCAACGGGGCCGCGGGGGGACCGGCCGGAGGGGCGACCGGAGGGGGGCGCGGGCCCCGUGCCCGCUGCCGCCCCUUGGGACACGCUGAAGAUCAGCCAGGCGCCCCAAGUCAGCAUCAGCCGCAGCAAAAGCUACCGUGAGAACGCGCCCUUCGUGGCGCCGCCGCCCGCCCGGGACGAGCUGGGCAGCCCCGCCGCGCCCGCCGAGGAACGGCCGGGCCCUGCCGCGCCGGCCGCGGAGGAGGAAGAGGAGGAAGAAGACGAAGAGAUGCUGGAGGAGGAGGAGGACGAGGAGGAAGAGGAGCUGGAGGACGACGAGGAGGAGGAGCUGCUGGGCGAGGACGGCGGGGGGCUGCUGAAGGAUGCCCGCCGGGGCGCCACCGCGGCCCCCGGGGCGGAGGGCGGGGAUCUGUCCCCCAAGGAGGAGCUGCUGUUGCACCCCGAGGACGGCGAGGGCAAGGACGGCGAGGAGAGCGUCUGCCUCUCGGCCGGCAGCGACUCCGAGGAGGGGCUGCUCAAGAGGAAGCAGCGCCGCUAUCGUACCACCUUCACUAGCUACCAGCUGGAGGAGCUGGAGAGGGCCUUCCAGAAAACCCACUACCCCGACGUCUUCACCAGGGAGGAGUUGGCCAUGAGGCUCGAUCUGACAGAAGCCCGAGUGCAGGUAUGGUUCCAGAACCGUAGGGCUAAGUGGCGGAAGAGGGAAAAGGCUGGGGCUCAGACACACCCCCCAGGUUUGCCUUUCCCUGGUCCCCUGUCAGCAACUCACCCCCUCAGUCCAUACCUUGAUGCUAGUCCUUUCCCUCCUCAUCGGGCAUCCAGCAUCGCCGCCCUGCGGCUGAAGGCCAAGGAACACGCCGCCCAGCUCACCCAGCUCAACAUCCUCCCCGGGAGCAGCACGGGGAAAGAGGUGUGCUAAGGCACGGCUGCCGGCCGCGGGGUGCGGGUUAGGUUCGUUUAGGCGGGAGAGAAAAAAGAGAGAGGGAGAGGAGACUAAAUACGCGAAUCAAUAAAGGUCACCUCAGACAGCACGAAUCACGACCAAACGGGGGGAAAAAUAAUAAUGAUUUUUUUAAAAAAGAGGACCAGCAGCUGAGACUGUAGUAGGUUCUCAAGUUAGGAACUUGGAGAAAGCAAAUGCCUCUCGCAUCAGCCCUCACACGAGUAAAACGACGCUUAAAACCUCCUGAAUAAGUAACUCCUUGGCUGGUACAUUUCUUAAAUGUACGACGUGUCCAUUUCCUCUGUGAACAUUAGUGGGGGAAAAAGUAGAAAAAAAAA